AUGGCGCCGGGACGUGCCCUACACUCAAGAUGGCUAGGAAGGGUCUUCAACAUUGAGCGCAGAGCUACGCCAUCAGAGGUACCGCUGUAUCUUUGCCCUGCAUUUCGGUCACUUUCCACUGAGCACGCGACACUCCGCCGGUCAUACCGAGCAAAAACGAGCCCCGUCCGAGUACGACGGUUGCAUACGGAAACCGUCGCAUCUGUCAACGUAGAACCGCUCGCUUUAAACAACCAACCCACCAAGACACUACCUCUACAAUGCCACGGGUGCGGCGCCUUGUCGCAAACCACGGUCCCCGACGAGGCCGGUUACUACGAUGUAUCACGGAAGGCGGUCAAGCGGUAUCUGGGUUUGAUGCAGGAAACGGACGAGGAGAAACCCCAAGAAACCGACCAAAUCGUACAGCAAGCGCUGCAGUCAGUCGAUGUCGAAGCCCUAGAACGGCAGGGCAUCAACCUCAAGGCGCUAUUGCCGGAGCGCGAACCCGUGGUCAAAGCCGCGCCGGCGGUAGAAAAACCCCCCCUUUGCGACCGUUGCCACACCUUGAUCCAUCACGCCUCCGGCAACUCGAUCUACCACCCCAGCAUCGAAUCCCUGCGCGACACUAUCGACGAGUCGCCGUACAAGCACAACCACGUGUACCACGUCCUAGACGCCGCUGACUUCCCAAUGUCCCUGCUCUCAAAGCUCCACGGUUUGUUGGAUGUCACUUUGCGUACCCAGAACCGCCGCUCAAAAUCAGUCAAGUACCAACACGGGAGGAGGAUUGAGAUGAGCUUCAUCAUCAGCAGGUCCGAUCUCUUGGCACCCCAGAAGGCUCAGGUGGACUCGCUGAUGCCAUACCUCAAGGAAACAUUGCGGGAGGCACUCGGCAGGGUCGGCGGGCGUGUCAGACUUGGGAAUGUUCACUGCGUCAGCGCGAAGAGGGGUUGGUGGACCAAGGACCUCAAGGAGGAGAUCUGGAAACGCGGCGGCACGACCGCCUCACCCAUCCGCGUGCCCUUCGGCUCGGGCCGCGGCGAGCUGAUCGACCUCCCCGGCCUCGCGCGAAGCGACCUCGAGUACCACAUCACGCCGUCCCAACGCUCCUCCCUCAUCAUGAAGGCGCGGGUCCUCCCGGAGCAGCAGGUGCUCAAACCGGGCCAGUCCCUCCUCCUCGGCGGCUUCCUGCGCCUCACCCCGCGCAACACGGCCGCCGCCGGCGACGACGAGCUCGUCUUCCUCGCGUACGCCUUCACUCCGCUCGACGCCCACACCACCGCCACCGACAAGGCCGUCGCCGUGCAGACCCAGGCCCCCGACGCGCCCCACGUCGAGAACAUCGCCCUGCCGGGCACGGGCGCCAAGAUCCGUCACGCCGGCGCCUUUCAGCUGCGCUACGAUGUGACGAAAGCCCGCACCGGCCCGCUCACGCGCAAGGAGGCGGUCGGGUUGAAGGUGGAUCAGCUGCCGUACCGCGUGCUGGGGCUGGACAUCCUGGUGGAGGGGUGUGGGUGGGUGGAGGUGGUGGUGCAGGUGCGCACGCGGCAGCUGUUCCCCAGUGGUGGUGAUGGGGGGUGGGGGGAUGGGAAUAUGCAGACGCUGGAUCUGCGGCCGGAGCCGGUGAAUGUGGAGAAGAGGAGGUCGAGGGAGGAGGAGGAGAGGGGGGUGGAGGCGAGGUGGCCUGUCAUUGAUGUGUAUAGUCCGGAGGGGGCGUUUAUUGGGUAUCGGUCGCCGAUGAAUGCGUGGAUGUUGAACAAGCCCAAGCGGGAUACCAGGGCGCGGCCGAGGAAGAGUAUGAAGGGGGCGAAGAAGAGGGAGAAGAGGGAGAGGAGGGCGAGGGAGGCGGCGGAUGUAUAG